UAGAUUUGAAUUUUCAGAUUUCCCUGCGUAGAGAAAAAAACUUCAACUAUUGAUCCAGUCAUCCAAAUUGAGUAGAGUAAUGUCUUCUUCUAAGUUCGUCCUCUCGUAUCAGAUGUUGAACUUCGGAGGGUUGGCAGUGGCCGCCCUCCUCCUGCUAACUUCUCCCCAUCUGUUGAUUCUGCUCAUUGGGGGUCUGGUGUCAGCCGGAGUAUUUCUGGACUCCGAUGUGUCCAUGAAACUGAUGGAGAGAUUUGGACGAAAACCGGAAGAUAGUUAUCUGAAGGGGGCUGUUGUGUGGAUCACUGGUGCAUCCUCCGGAAUAGGGGAGGAGUUGGCCUACAGACUGAGCACAGCCGGAGCUCAUCUGGUUCUGUCUGCCAGGAACGAAAAGGACUUGGAGGCAGUGGCUGAGUCCUGCAGAGCUCAUAAGUGUGCGAGUUGUCUGGUUGUUCCCAUGGACAUCACAAACUACGAAUCACAUGCGAAGUGUCUGCAACAAGUUGUGGACCAGCACGGCAAAAUUGAUGUGUUGGUGAACAACGCGGGAGUGUAUCAACAGGGCUUCGUGUUAGACACAGACUUGAGUGUGAUGCGGAGAGUUGUGGAAGUGGAUUUCAUGGGCCAUGUCUCCCUCUCCAAACUGACAGCAGAACACAUGAGACAAACUAACACUAAGGGACUCGUGUCCUUCAACGCCAGUGUCGCCACUAUGAGUACUCCGCACAUGGGAAUAUAUUCGGCCUCCAAAGCAGCAUUGAAAUGUUUCGCUGACAGUGUGCGCGCAGAGUGGUUCGAGUAUGGCAUUGAAGUGCAGGUGUUCCGCAUUGGGCCAGUCUCCACCUCACUGGCCGAGAGAUCCCUCAUGACCAAGGAAAACCAGGUUGGCGGUGAGAAAAGUGUGGAAAACUUCAGCAAGAACUACAACCCCAUGACCAGUAAGAGGUGUGCUGAGUUGAUGGCAGUAGCUCUGGCCAACAGGGUUCCAGAGGCUUGGAUCGUGCACAAAUUGAUGGUUGUGGUGGCCUAUAUGUACGAGUAUGCACCACACACAUCCAGAUGGCUGUUUGGAAGGCGGAUUGCGGCGAACAUGAAGAAAGCGGACGAACGUCUCAAGAAAGAUUGAAGUUACUACAGUGUUAUGCAUUAUUAUGGCCUACAUUUCAUUGAUCAACCCUGAGUGCACAGAAUAAUUUUUUCUGUUUCCUGGUUUUUUUCUGCCUCGACCUAUCGAA